AUGGGUUCAAAAGUAUCUUUCAAACAUCGUUAUCAUAUUGGGAAAAGUGUGAAAAAUUUUCUUAUGGGUUAUUUCACUGAAUAUGAAACACCAAAAUUAGUUUCAAUACAUAGUGCAAAAUAUGCUGGUUUACUUCGUAUUAUACAAAUCAUUAUUCUUAUUUAUUCUAUAGUAUACUUAUUUCUAUUUGAAAAAGGUUAUCAAAAACAAAGUACGACAAUUACGUCAUCAGUAACACUUAAAGUAAAAGGUAUUGGUUAUGUUCAAACAACAGAAAAUAAAACUAUUAUUAUCGAUGUAGCAGAUUAUAUUAUUCCACCAUCAGAAAAUAAUGCUAUUUUUAUAAAGACAAAUUUUAUUCAAACUGAUCAAACACGAUCUACAUGUGCUGAAAGUAUAAAAGUUAAAGAAGCAAUAUGUAAAAAUGAUAAUGAUUGUUUCAAUAAAACAUUUUCACCAAAGAUGAAUGGACGUUGGACCGGUCGAUGUUUAUUAUCUCCAGACACAAAUGCUGUCAAUAAAACAACAAAUAAUACAAAAACUCCAACUGGUUUAUGUGAAUAUGCAGGUUGGUGUCCACCAGAAGAUGAUCAGUCACCGACAAUGCCUGUUCAAGAAACUCUUAAUUUUACAAUAUUUAUAAAAAAUUUUAUUGAAUUUCCAGCGUUCCAAGUUAAACAUAAAAAUAUGGCUGAUGAAUUAAAAAAACCAUGUAUUUUUCAUCCACAACAUCACAAAGAUUGUCCAAUAUUCAGUAUUAAUUAUAUAAUGAAUGAAGUUGAAACAAAUAUUACUGAACGUAAUUUAAUGUUACGUUAUGGUGGUAUUGUAUGUAUUAAAAUUGAUUGGGAUUGUAAUUUAGAUCGAAAUAUAAAAUUAUGUAAACCUGAAUAUUCAUUUGCUCGUCUUGAUGUACCUUUUCAUGAAAAACCAUUUUCAGCUGGUUUUAAUUUUCGUUAUGCUUCUCAUUGGAAAUAUAAUCGGACAGAUUUUCGUGUAUUAACUAAAGCUUUUGGUCUUCGUUUAGUAAUUACUAUUAGUGGUAAAGCUGGAAAAUUUGAUUUUAUUAAACUAACUUUAAAUACUGGUUCAUUAGUUGGACUAUUUGGUUUGGCAACAUUUGUUUGUGAUAUUAUACUACUUCAUAUAUCAAAAAGAGCAUCUCUUUAUCGGAAUCAUGUUUUUGAAAUUGUUCAUUUACGAACACGUUCUACUAGUACAAUAGCAAUGCCAAGAAUAUUUCUUAAAAGACGUGAUGAUACAUUUUCAAAAAUACACUCAAAUGUGGAAGCAGAAUUAUCAUUUGAAACACCUAAUAGUACUCCAGCACCUUCAGAAAAACAAGUUACAGUCGGUCCAACUUCUUUUAUUAGUUCGAUUGAAUCAGAAUGUUAA